AUGGCGACCAAGAUAGAUUCCCAUUCACAGUCGGCUUCUGCGCCAAGUCAUCCUUCAUUCGAUGAAAAAGACGCCAAAUAUGGUGCCGACCUUGAACAAUCCGACUCGGUCCCGGCAAAUGGCCUCCUGGAAGCCCUUGGCUAUGAGCCCGAGCUCACAAGGAACAGAUCAACACUUCAAGUGGCUUUCAUGUCCUUCGUUCUCGCAUCCAUUCCUUACGGAUUGUCAACGACAUUCAUUUACCCACUCUACGGCGGGGGUCCCGUGAAUAUUAUCUGGGGAUGGCUGAUGGUAUCAGCGAUUAUCCUUUGCGUCGGAGCCUCCCUGGGUGAGAUCACUUCAGUCUACCCAACUGCCGGAGGCGUCUAUUACCAAACAUUUAUGCUCUCUUCACCCGCGUAUCGAAGAAUCUUUGCCUGGAUUUGCGGUUGGUCCUACGUGGUAGGCAAUAUCAUGAUCACGCUCGCUGUGAACUUUGGGUCAGCCCAAUUUAUAGUCGCCUGUGUCAAUGUGUUUGAAACAUCCUCGGGAGCUGGAGUCCUUGCAGGAGAAACGUAUCAGAUAUUUCUCAUCUUCUUGGCCAUCACCCUUUUGUGUAACGCUGUCUCGGCAUUUGGUAAUAAAUGGCUACCCCAUCUUGAUACAUUUGCCAUUUUCUGGACACUAGCUGGUGUCUUGGCGACUGUUAUCUGCGUCUUGGUCAUUGCUAAGAAUGGCAGACAUGAUGCUGCGUACGUGUUUACGAACUUUGAGCCUCAGUCAGGAUGGCCGGUUGGCUGGUCGUUCUGUGUUGGACUUUUACAAGCAGCUUAUACGACUUCAUCGACUGGGAUGGUCAUAUCAAUGUGCGAAGAAGUCCAAGAACCAUCCCGCCAGGUCCCAAAAGCUAUUGUCGGCACGAUCAUUCUGAACACACUCGCAGGUCUUCUUUUCCUGAUUCCCUUGGUCUUCGUGCUUCCCAAUACAGAAGAGCUUCUUGCACUUCAGUCUGGCCAACCUAUUCCCAGCAUAAUCAAAUCAGCCAUUGGUAACUCGGCUGGUGCAUUUCUUCUACUGCUUCCACUUGCCGUCCUCGCAUUACUAUGCGGUAUUGGAUGCACCACAGCUGUAUCGCGAUCUGUGUGGGCAUUUGCAAGAGAUGGGGGUGUUCCUUAUUCCCGCAAAUGGAAGGAGGUGAAUAAGACCCUGGGUGUUCCUUUCAAUGCUAUGAUGCUGGGUAUGGUAAUAGAGAUCGCCCUUGGACUUAUCUACUUUGGAUCAACCACUGCAUUCAAUGCUUUCUCUGGAGUCGGUGUCAUUACUCUUACCGUGAGUUAUGCUUGUCCAAUUGCUGUCUCCUUUGCUGGAGGGCGGAAGCAGAUCAGAAACGGAAAUUUUGACUUGGGGAAACUCGGGGUGUUUUGUAAUGUUGUGGCUUUAGCCUGGAGCAUCCUGGUUGUGCCUCUCUUCUGUAUGCCCUCAUAUAUUCCUGUCACUGCAGAAACCGUCAACUAUGCCCCAGUUGUCUUUGUCGCCUUCAUCAUUAUGGCUACCGCUUGGUAUUGGGCAUGGGGACGGAAGAAGUAUGUUGGGCCACCGAGCAUUGAUGAUGCGGUAGUUGAUCUUCGUAUUGAUGGGUCGCCAUAG